AUGACGUUAGACGUUGAUAGACCAUCCCCAACUAGUGGGACGAAGGUCAGUCGUAGCUCCCGAAAUCCACAACAAUCCGUAGCUCGCCGAUCAAGAAUGAACAGUAACGAAUCCAAAAGCAGUACGGGAUCCAUGAAGUCCCACAACAGCCGUUCUCUGACCCAGGUGGCGCAUCUCCAUCCGGGGUCUGCACCUGCUUCUCGAACAGGAUCAUUCAGAGAUCGUCCUCGUUCUGGGGAACCUCCACGUUGCUCGCCUUCACGCCUCUUUUCGAUCUUCAACAGUAUUGAAGGUAAAACCAACAACCAAAACAUGCAUUCAUAUGAAUGUUCCAUUAACAAUAUCGAGCGAAUAAAUGACACUGCAUCUCUGGGACCUAGACAAAACUCUAUGCCAAGUGUUACUGAAACCUCACUUCGAGUGCCCAGUUCAGAUGAUGUAAAAGACAACAGGAUGAGAAGGGUCAGAUCGUUCAAAACUACACCCAAAGGAAUAGUGGUCAACAGAGGAGAUUCUUUCAAGAAGAAAAACACACAUACAGCUGUAUCCACAGGCAGUGCAAUAACUGAUUCUCGGCCACGGAAGGCUUAUGUGAGACAGCACCAGUCUAGCAUGAACAACGAAGACUUCGACUCAGAGCCGCCUAUAAUUCCGACAUACUACCGGGUCAUCAUGAUGGGGGCUGCCGGAUGUGGGAAGACAUCGAUGACUCAGCAGUUCAUGACCUCUGACUAUGUAGGAGAUAAUGAUGAUCACAACGAGACCCACGAACACACUGUAGCAGUCCUGCUAGACGGCGAAGAGUCAACAAUACAGUUUAUAGAUCCGCCCAGCAGAAACGUAAUAUUAGAGGGCCUGGAGCAGCUUCUCGAUGCCUACGUGGUGGUGUUUGCCAUCAACGACCACGCCUCGUUCGAGUGCGCCAAAGACUUGGUCCGGUAUCUCAGAGUCGAUCAUGGCACUGACAGAGUUAUUGUUCUUGUGGCCAAUAAGAUUGAUCUUGUCAGGAAACGGAAGGUCGGUGCUGAAG